UGUGCCGUCUUUGUGUUGACAUCUUCGGAGGUUUGAGAGUGUUUGAAUGGAUAUUACCAGGUGCACGGAGAAAUGGAACCUCAAACCCAGGAAGGAGGAGAGGCCUCCAACAUCCUCCAUGAUGCUGUCAAGCAAGAAGUCAGACGCUGGCUCCUCUUCCUCCUCCACCUCAUCUUCUGCAGGAGCAGCAGGAGGUGAUAGGGCUCCGGUUUCUGAUGCCCAGACUGGUCCUUCAGGAUCAGCGGCAGGCCCUAUGGAUGUAAAGAAAAAAGAGAGGUCUUCCCCUAGUGGGGAACCUGGUGGAGCCCCUUUGCCCCACCAUGGGGGGCCUGGGGGGGCAGACCAAGACGCAGCUGAAGUUCGAAGAACGAGUCGUCGCAAGCGAGCGAAAGUGGAGUACCGCGAGAUGGACGAAAGCCUGGCCAAUCUGUCGGAAGACGAAUACUACUCUGAGGAGGAGAGAAACGCCAAGGCGGAGAAAGAGAGGAAGCAGGUCAUCCCGCCUCCAGCGCCACCAGUCGAGGAAGAGAAUGACAGUGAGCCAGAAGAACCUUCUGGUGUAGAGGGAGCUGCUUUCCAGAGCCGUCUGCCUCAUGACCGUAUGACAUCCCAGGAAGCCGCCUGCUUCCCGGACAUCAUCAGCGGACCCCAGCAGACGCAGAAGGUUUUCCUCUACAUACGCAAUCGUACGCUCCAACUGUGGCUGGACAACCCGAAGAUCCAGCUGACCUUUGAAGCAACAGCACAGCAGCUUGAAGCUCCAUACAACAGUGAUGCUGUGCUGGUCCACAGGAUACACAGCUACCUAGAAAGGCACGGUCUCAUUAACUUUGGUAUCUACAAGAGAGUCAAGCCUCUACCCACUAAAAAGACCGGGAAGGUUAUAGUCAUUGGCGGAGGUGUUUCUGGGUUAGCAGCAGCCAGGCAGCUACAGAGCUUCGGGAUGGAUGUUACUGUAUUGGAGGCCAGGGACCGUGUUGGAGGCAGAGUGGCCACAUUCAGGAAGGGCAACUAUGUAGCCGAUCUGGGUGCCAUGGUGGUAACAGGCCUAGGAGGGAAUCCCAUGGCAGUGAUCAGUAAGCAGGUCAACAUGGAGCUGGCAAAGAUCAAACAGAAGUGUCCGCUGUAUGAAGCCAACGGCCAAGCUGGGGAACGGUGCACAAGCGUGCCAAAAGAAAAGGACGAGAUGGUGGAGCAAGAGUUCAACAGAUUACUGGAGGCCACCUCCUACCUCAGCCACCAGCUGGACUUCAACUUCCUCAACAACAAACCUGUUUCUCUGGGACAGGCCCUGGAGGUGGUCAUACAGCUGCAGGAGAAGCAUGUUAAAGAUGAACAAAUAGAACACUGGAAGAAGAUUGUUAAGACUCAGGAAGAGCUCAGGGAUCUUCUCAACAAGAUGGUGACCACUAAGGAGCGGGUGAAGGAGCUUCAUCAGCAGCACAAAGAGGCCAGUGAAGUCAAACCACCCAGAGAUAUCACAGCAGAGUUCCUAGUCAAGAGCAAGCACCGCGACCUCACAGCACUCUGCAAAGAGUACGAUGAGCUGGUGGAGAUGCAGGUCAAGCUGGAGGAGAAGCUGCAGGAGCUCGAGGCAAAUCCACCAAGUGAUGUUUACCUAUCAUCCAGGGAUCGGCAGAUCCUCGACUGGCACUUUGCCAACUUGGAGUUUGCCAACGCUACGCCCCUCUCCACCCUUUCUCUUAAGCAUUGGGAUCAGGACGAUGACUUUGAGUUCACCGGCAGCCACCUGACAGUGAGGAACGGUUACUCUUGUGUUCCUGUGGCGCUGGCUGAAGGCCUGGACAUCAAACUGAACACUGCAGUGCGCCAGGUUCGGUACACGGCUUCAGGCUGUGAGGUGAUAGCAGUCAACACCCGCUCCACCACCCAGACCUUCAUAUACAAGUGUGACGCCGUGUUGUGCACCCUGCCUCUCGGCGUGUUGAAGCAGCAGCCCCCUGCGGUGCAGUUUGUUCCCCCGCUGCCCGAGUGGAAGACGUCUGCCAUUCAGAGGAUGGGCUUCGGCAACCUCAACAAGGUGGUGUUGUGUUUCGACCGGGUGUUCUGGGAUCCCAGUGUCAACCUGUUUGGUCACGUCGGCUCCACCACAGCGAGUCGAGGCGAACUCUUCCUUUUCUGGAACCUCUACAAAGCGCCGAUCUUACUCGCCCUGAUGGCCGGUGAGGCGGCGGGCAUCAUGGAGAACAUCAGCGAUGAUGUGAUUGUCGGACGCUGCCUGGCCAUUCUCAAAGGAAUAUUUGGAAGCAGCGCUGUGCCACAGCCGAAAGAAACUGUGGUCACCCGUUGGCGUGCGGACCCCUGGGCGAGGGGCUCCUACUCGUACGUGGCGGCAGGUUCUUCGGGUAACGACUAUGACCUGAUGGCGCAGCCCAUCACGCCCGGACCGGCUAUUCCAGGAGCCUCACAGCCUGUCCCUCGUCUCUUCUUCUCCGGGGAGCACACCAUCAGGAACUACCCCGCCACAGUCCACGGCGCCCUGCUCAGCGGGCUCCGCGAGGCGGGACGUAUCGCAGAUCAGUUCCUGGGUGCCAUGUACACACUCCCCCGACAAGCCACGCCCACAGCCGCCAGCAACCCUCCGCAGGCUCAGCCCACCCCAAGCGUGUGAAAAUGACUCUCCCAUUUUUUUUUUUUUUCCCUGCCAACUCUGGACUUUCACAUCAUUCAUAGCAGUUUCUUUUUCUUUCAAGAAGUUUAACCAUAAACUGUUAUUUCUGUACGUGGAAAUCUUUGAAGUCCCACACACAACUUUGGGUCUUUGCCUUUUCUCAAAUAAUGACACUGAGUAUUUUGUGAAGUUGACACACACGUAAUGGAGCCCAUCAGACUUUUAUUUAGGAAUAUAAUCUACUGAGGUAUAGAAAGUCUGGGCCCUGCUACAGGAUGAAUCAAUCCAAAUAUUGUUACAUGUAAAUGUAAUGACUCAUGUGAGACUUCAUAAAUAUACUAACCUAGCCUUAAAAAGAACAGAAGCAUAGCAUUUCAUUUAAGAAAUCUAUUUAUGUCCCCUGUCUAAAAAAAACGUAAUGUGCACACAUCGAGACAUGUGAAAAAACACGAUUUAAAUCCACUAAAACUGUUCAGCCUGUCUAAGCUAAAGACGUUUCCCCUCUGCUGUCACUCAAAGAGGCCUCGUCUUGUUUGUCUUAAGGCUUAAAAACGUGGCUCUGUACUGUAGCGGUUUACCUCCUGAAUUUAUUUCUGACAUUUAGGUUGCAGAGCGUAGUGAAAAUAGUUUGAAUUAAAAGGUAAAAAAAAAAAAGAAGAAAAGAGACAGAUAUACUGAAAGAAUUGUGAAUGUUUUGUUUUUUUGUUGCAAUAGCAGUUUUAAGUAUUUUAUUAUGGUUGUCAUGGCGUCCUUUUUUUUUUUAUAUUGUCCUUUUUUUUUUGUUAUUAAAAGAAGAGAGAAAGUUUGUC